AUGAUUCAAGCUCAGUCAGAAAAACUUGAUUUGCUCCUUCAGAGGACCGAGGACAAUAGCAGAGUAUUGAAUAAGAGGCUCAUCGGAGAGCCUGAGGAGCAUAUCCCUCUUAACGCUGAACAGUACUCCGUGGCCAUGUCUUACAAGCACUUACUUCCAUUUUUCCGUGGUCCUUCCGGCAUGACCUUUUAUAUGUCUGCAGUGGGAAUGAUAGGCAGCGGAAUAGAGAGCACAGAUCGAGAGACAUACUCGACACUGGAUGGAGAGAUUAUUGUCGAAAGUAGUUACGAAGAUAUUCGAAACGAUUUCAGCGAUCAGGACAUUGAUAAUCUCUCAACGCCAGCGGCGGCAAGCCCCCAGCCUGGAUUGCCUUUCAACACCUUGGAGGAAAUAGAUGCAGACAUGGCGGUCCAUCUUGUACACCUUUAUGAUAGCUUCGUGGGCGUGACACACCCUAUCUUAACUAUCGGUGUUUUGAUGCAACAUGUGAGGGAACUCUAUCCUGCUCUGGCAGCAGAGCCACAUUCAUCCGUCCGAGAUAUCUUGGUGAAUCGAAUGAGUCGCAGUGACCUCAAUAUCAUCAAGAUGGUGUUUGCUAUUGCCAUGAUUAUACAGGACAGCAGUCAUGAGGCCGCAGCCGCCAAAUUCCAUGCAAGCAUACAGCGCGAUGUAGACAAUACGAUAUGGGCUGCUACUGCAGAAAUCGGCGACUUACACGUACUAAUAUUAGUUAGUAUAUAUCAUUCAAUUAAGGGCAACUCGAGGCUCGCUUGGCGUAUUGUUGGCAAUCUCACUCGUCUGAUCCUGGAGUUUGGGCUACAUAAAAGCAAAGUGCUUAUGAGCAUGUUUAAGGAGCCAAGUUCAUAUAAAUUGGCAAUCAACUUGUUUUGGACGGCCUUUGUUCUCGAUUGCCAGCUCAGUUAUUCGUUGGGGCUACCAAGACAUAUUCAAGACAAAGACAUUGACAAUAGCAUUCCAUUGCCGGAUGACUCCCCUUAUUUAAUAGCCAUGAUCGAUUACUGUCGUCUGGGUUCCAGAAUCUGCGAAUCCAUCUCUAAUGUCUUUGGUGGCUCGUCACAUUACGCGCAAGAAUGGCGGGAAUCAUUCGAUUUCUUUCAAGAUCAUCUCAACCAAUGGCAAGAGAAACAUGUUCCCAAAGUGUUGGAUCCUAACAACAGGGAACCUGAUGCUAAAAAGAUCCGUCAUUUUCACACUCUGCUCUACUUGAGGGCAAAUCAACUACGCCUCGUACUAAUUCGCCCUGCACUCUACUCUCUCCAAUUGCAAGAGGCUACCAACUCGGACUUGUGGGCGAUGGCUGUUAACAUCGCAUACGACAGUUUUCAGAUCCUGUUAGACUUAUUUGGUGAAACCGACAUAUACAAAAUGCAACAAACGCAGUACAACUACUUCCUAAUCACGGCGCUUGGGGCGGUGUUAGGUGUAUUGGCUCAAGAGAAAUCGGCUCUCGCUACGGGAAAGGUUGAUGGUGCUACCCUCGCCAAGGCACGUGAAUUCGUUACAGCCGCAUUAGAUCUCCUCAAGUCGACCGCUGCAUCUUCAAAGACAUCAGAGCAUCAAUAUGCAAAGGUCAUUUCGCUCUGUCGCCGACUUGGCCUCCUGCCUAUGACGCCUUCCGAUGCUCCUAAUCCGCUUCUCGACAACUUUGACGUCAGCUUAUUUCAGGAUAUCAAUGGUGAUGCUGAUCUUUCUCAUUUUCUGUUACCGGAAUAUCAACUGGGACCCAUGUGGGCUGAUCUAGAUUUUGCUUAG